AUGUCGACAGUGGCAAAAGUAGGUGCUCGGGUGAGAAAGAAGCCUGUUAUCAAAAUUAUCCAUAAUCCAUUAUACAAAGUGAUUGUCAAAGCGCAGAUGGCAACAGCUGCACCACCUCUAGGACCAAAUCUGGGUAAAAGGGGCAUUAAUGUAGCGAAUUUUUGCAAAGAUUUCAAUCGAACAACAAAUAAUAUCAAGCCCGGUAUCCCGUUACCAGUACGGCUCACAAUAAAGCCCGAUCGUACAUAUGACAUGGAGAUUUGUACACCAACAUCUAUGUGGUUACUGAUGCAUGCAGCAGGCAUAAGGCGUGGAGCUACGCGUCCACAUGAGGAAAUUUCCGGAAUGAUUACAGUAAAGCAUAUUUAUGAGAUAGCCAAAAUAAAGGCUACUGAUAAAUGUUUAGUUGGUGUCCCAUUAAAAUUGAUAUGUGAACAACUCAUUAAAACAGCCCGCACAAUUGGGCUCAAAAUUGUACGUGAGGAUCUUGACCCAGUGGAGUACCGUAAAUUUCUGGAAGAACGGAAAUUGGUAGUUGACGAAGAACUGAAAAGGAUAGAAGAAGAGAAGGCCGCUAAAAUACUCAGGACAACACCAGGUGCUUCUGCCUAA